AAAUCAAGCCAGUGGAGAAGUGCAUUGCAUAGAUGAAGUCUUAAGGAAGACAUCCUUCUUCUUUGCCUUCAUAUUUCUCAUUUUCUUUUCAAGGUCUUGCCAACUAAGAACAUAUUUUGCCAUGGAUCAUGCCUAUCCUGAAAUUCCUGUCGAGAAGCUGAAGCUUUAUCAUUCAAUGGACAGAAAACUUUAUUCAAUCCUUGUUUUUGCGCUUAAGCGUGAUCCUAAGGUAUCUGUGAAUAUGAUUGCCUUAUGGAUUUGGUUGGAACUGGAUGUACUCGAUGCUGUUGUGCCAAACAUCUUGUUGUCGCCCCUAAAUUCGAUCAAUGGACUUGCUGAUGAAGCUGUGGCUUGCCUUAGAUGCAUCACAGACACCACGUAUCUGUCUUCCUCUGAUGCAAGUGAGAUUUCACUGAGUCAGAGUGUCUUGGGAGAGCAGUUGUCACUUAAGUUCUUCCAUGAAAAUCGUGCCCUGGCAUACCGUGGGGUUAGAAUGGUUGUGGAGAAUAUUUGUGUCAAGGUAUUAGACGAUCUCAUGGAAAUGGCCAUGCCGAGAAACACUGAACGGCAAAUGGUGAUGAUUCCACCUGUCGAUGAGCCCAUGAUGCCAAGAUUUGGAGGGCUCAGACGCACAGGUGAGUCAUCUCGGUCAGUAGUGCCUCCCAUGGAUCCCAUGAUAUCGAGAUUUGGAGGACUCAGGCUCACAGGUGAGUCAUCUCGGUCAGUGGUGCCUCCCGUGGAUCCCAUGAUACAAAAGUUUGGAGGGCUCAAACUCACAGGCGAGUCAUCCCAGUCACCGGUGCCUCCUUUGCACAUGGAGGAACCGAAAGAAAACAGGAUUCUAUUUGCCACUUUUUCUAGGGGCUACCCUGUUUUCGAAUGGGAGCUUAGGAGUUACUUCUACAGGGUGUUUGGCCACUGUGUGGAGUCCAUCACUAUGCAGCCGGUGAAGGCAAAUGAGCAGUCACUGUUUGCCCUGAUCGUCUUAACCUCCUCAGCAUUUGUUGACUUGAUUCUCAGGGGCGAGGAGAAAGCAAAGUUUUCGGUUAGAGGAAAGCAAGUUUGGAUGCGCAAGUAUUCCCCCAAAGCUUAAGAAUAAGAACCCUUCUUUAUGUGUGUUAGUACAAUUAUGUUAUUUUUCUUUUUUGUUUUGGUUUGUAGUUGAAGAAGCCUAGUUAUGGUGCUCUCUCUGGUUUUGAGUCAU